AUGGCGGACUACGACGAAAGCUCAUACUGGGACCAGUACGACUCGGCCGAUUAUGUUGAGAAUAUGGUGGUCGUACAAGACCCCUACACGAAACCCAGCAGAUACCGAGACAUUCUACCCAACAGCGCCUAUAGUGCAUCCGAAAGCUCCGGCAACAGCAGCUACUGGUCAAAGUACACCGAGUCCCGGAAUACCGGUGCUCAGGACACGCCACAGGAACCCACCGGCCAGGAAAUGCGACGAGUGCUGGUGUUGCCGGACCGACUGGCCGCCAUGUCGCUAGCUGACAAAGACGAGUCCACUGGCAACGAAUCCACUGACCCCCAGCCCACAGCACUGGAAGAUUCCUUGAAGUCCACAGAACCCACGCUGCUUGCAAAGGUAGCGUCAGCACCAGCACCAGCAUCGGCAGCGGCAACAAUAGUGGAGGUACUAUCAUCGCCGCUGCGUGUCCCGCAGCUGAGCGAUGGCGAAGAUAGCGAGGAGAUUGAGCCGAUAGACUCGCCGUCAGGCCCGUGCUUCCAGGGCGUUAAUCCUCUGGCACUUGCCGCUCGCCUUGGCUUCCUCAAGUCGCAGCUGGACCAAGCGGAGGAGCUCUUGGCAUAA